UUUGGAUCCUCUAGGAAGUUUUCAUCUGUGUUUUUAAUUGGAUUGGGAGCGUAGUAAAGAUCUUGAGAGAUUGCUGGUCAUUUAGGUGAACCAAAGGGUAACUUAUGGACCUAGGUUCACCAUAUGCAUGGCUCAAAGAUAUGAAUGAAGAAGAUAGGGGAAAAUACCUGGCUCGUAUUAUUAAUGCCUGUGCUAUGUUUAUUGAGUCAGGAAGCAUUGAAUAUGCAGAUAAUGCGCUGGAGUAUCUUGCUCACAUCGCUUCCCCUUAUGGUGAUGCAAUGCAGAGGGUAGCCACCUAUGUCAGUGAGGGACUAGCUUUCCAAGUGCUGAAAAAUCUGAAAGGUGUACCUAAAGCUCUAAGUUUGCCAAAAACAUUGUCAACCUCUGAAGAACUAUUAGUAAAGAAUUUAUUCUUUCAGUUUUAUCCAUUUUUGAAGAUUGCUUAUGUGAUCUCAAGUCAUGCCAUUGCUGAAGCCAUGAAAGGGGAAGAAGUGAUCCAUGUCAUUGAUCUCAGUGCAUCUGAAGCUGCUCAGUGGAUUUACCUCAUGCAGAGGUUAAAAGAACAACAAAAGAAGCCACUACUUCUGAAAAUUACAGCCAUUCAUGAGAAGAAGGAAGUUUUAGAGCAAAUGGCCCUUCACUUGGGAGUUGAAGCUCAAAAGUUUAAUUUCCAUCUCCAAUUCAAUGCUAUUGUGAGCUCUCUGGAGAAUCUUGACCUUGAAAGUUUGCCUGUGGAGAAAGGAGAGCCUCUUGCAAUUAGCUCAGUGCUUCAGCUUCACUCUCUUCUGGCCACUGAUGAUUCAAUGUCCAGCUGCAGGAACCCCCCAUCGGAAUCAAUGAAUCAAAGCACAUUUAAGGAGGUCCUUGGGAAAAAAAAGAUCAACCAGAGUUCUGGUUCAUCUCUGUUAUCAUUUCCUAUAUGUGCUUCUUCACCCAAGAUGGAAGGAUUUCUAAAUGGCCUCAGGAAGCUCCAACCUAGACUGGUGGUGAUUACUGAACAAGAGUCCAAUGUCAAUGGUUCUUCUUUGACAGAAAGGGUUGACAAAGCAUUGGACUUUUAUGGGGCAUUGUUCAAAUGCUUGGAAUCAACUUUUUUAGGAACAGCUGUGGAGAGAAUCAUGCUGGAGAGGACUUUAUUAGGGGAUGAAAUAAAGAACAUUGUUGCAUGUGAAGGGGUUGAGAGAAAAGAGAGGCAUGAGAAACUUGAGACUUGGAUCCCAAGGCUUGAAUUGGCUGGGUUUGGGAGGGAAACUAUCAGAUAUGACUGGAUGAUGCAGGCAAAAAAGGAAUUACAAGGCUAUGGAAAUGGAUAUAAGCUUCUUCAAGAAAAUAAAUGUUUGUUUGUGUGUUGGAAUGAUAAGCCACUCUUUUCUGUGUCAGCCUGGAAGGUCUAUUGAAGAUGAAUAUGUCUCAAUAGGCAAGAAUAAUUUAUUAGUGCACAUUAAAAAGGGACACUAGAGUUCAUUUACUAUUUAGUUAUUUGCUUAAGAGGGUAAAUGUUCCAAACUCAUUUUAUUAUCAUGUAACCUUAGUUAUUACUUAUUAGAAUCGUGGCAUCAUGUUGCCCCUAUCUCCCGAGAUGGCAUGGCACGUCAAAUCUCAAUUCGCCGUCGCAGCUGAUUUUUUGGAUAUUCGUGUGGGAUCGCAACAGAAUAGGGAAGACCACCCAACUUUACCAAAAUGUAAUUGAUUUUUGUUGGGGACCGAAAUCGUGAAAAGGUACAGAUGAGGGACCAAAUAUGUAAUUAAGCCUUCUUUCUUUCUUACCUAAAGUUAGGUGUCUACAAAAAAAAAUUGGAACACUAUCUUUAUUACUUACAAAAAACAGAUAUAAUCCAUUUGUUUAUUGUGUU